CAAAUUGUCUUGUUUACGAUUUGUUUUGUUUGGUGACAGAUGAGUUUUCGCCAUUUUUCGAGUGAAAGUCUUGUUAUUGUUAACGCUGAGUAAAAUAAUCUUCAAUCGUUCAAGUAUUCCGUCGUUGUAAAUCGGAGGAUAGUGACGAUGUCUUACUUAAAUUCCCCGUUUUAUCCGGACGCCUUGAACGAAGAUUUCGAUUCGUAUGACGAGGAAUUCGAAGAGAAUGAAAGCGAAGAUGAUAAUAAUUCAGAUACCGAAGAGGCCAGCGAGUCAGAAUUUAACAGUGGAAGUCAUCAUCGUACCAAUGCGGAGCCCAUUGAAAUUAAAGAACAAAUGUACCAAGACAAAUUGGCGAAUUUGAAACGUCAGCUGGAAGAAUUAGAAACAAAUCAACACCCCGAGUAUCUUAGGCGUUUAAAAAAGCUAGAUUUUCAGUGUCACGAGCGACUAUGCCUCAAUGACAUUCAACGGAAUUAUCUCACCGAAUGUGUGGAGCGUGACUACAUCCUGGAAAAGAAGGCUGCGUCCAAAGAGUACGAAGAAAAGAAAGCCGAUCUGAAAGAGAAUCUACUGUCUGAUUUUGAUGAAAAACGGAAAUUAAUUGAAACCGAACGUCAUACGAUGGAACUGAUGGGUGACUGUAUGGAAGUGAAGCCAACAAUAACAAGGAAAUUGCGCAGACGACCGAAUGAACCCAUUCCGGUGGCAGCCGAAAAGCGUAGAAAACCGCCAUCCGGCCAAUUAGUUCUAUUGCUGGACGAGAAAGAAAUCGAACAAGACUUGAAGAUGAUAUUGCGCGGCAAACCAUUGACACCGGUACGUCCGCCAUCGAGCAAUGGAAUGCCCAGUAUAUUGCAGUCACCAACGUAUCCAAUGGUCGAAACAAAAAUCGAAGAUGGGAAACUGUUAUAUGAACGGCGAUGGUUUCAUCGAGGCCAGCCGGUUUAUAUUGAGGGGAAGGACAUUAUCAAAUUUGCAGCAACUAUUUCAGCCAUAGGAAAUGAGAUUAUUUGGGUUAAGAAACUAAACGACAACAAUAAGGUGAAGAUUCAUACAACGCAACUGGCCCGUGGCAAAAUUGCAAUCAAACGGAGAGCCAAUUGAGUGUACAGAUUAAUUGUGAAUAAUUUUGUCAAUAAAUCCACGUCAAUAAAUAACGGUGUUGAUUUGGUGCUGCA